ACCACGGUAACGCAUGUAACAAGAAAUAAAACAAUUAAUGUAUGAGAUGAUUCUGUUUUCCAUUGUUGACCACCAUGAGAGUUCUACUUCAGUUCGUCUGCUUUCAAGAUGAUCAUUGGUGUCCCUGUUUUUUGUUUUCUGAUGUCUCAAGUCCAAGUGUUAUCAGCUGUGAGUACAACAGAAGGGAAACAAUUUUUGAUUUCCGCUCCACCUUUCCCAAGAGACGUUAACAGUGCUAACAUUUUCAAAAUUAUCCUAAAAGUGCAAUCACGAUAUACUACUGUGGUCGUGUUGACUGCUAGGUCGACUUGGACAUCAGACGUGAAGUCGAACAGGCACGUGAGCCUGACGCCUCUUGUUCCAGAUCAGUUCGAGGUUGACACUUUCCUAAGACCAGCAAAUCCUUCUGGCCUCAGAUGGUGUCUCGUGCUUUCUUCACAAAAACGUUUCGUUCUCCUGGUGGAGAUAGUCACCGGAAGAUCCACAUCGGAGACGUUUACAGCCGUGCCAGUAGAAGGAUGGGGGAAAGCAUACGUGGUUGUUACCUUGGAAAAACAUUACUUUGUUGUUAUCAUCUCAGCUGAACCUGACAAUUUGAUCAAAUUGACAUUAAACUCCAACGAUCAUAACGUCUCUCUUCGGAUUUCGGAGCUAACGUACAAACAUGGCGACAGCUUUAGCAUAAGACUAUCCUUAAGUGACCAGGCUUAUGUCAUAAGUAGCUGUGAAACAAACAGCUUGGACAGUCCUAUAACAGGCUCCAGACUGCUAGGAAAGAAGCCGUUUGGGGUGACAGUGGGGAAUUGUAUGUAUAGAUCCCAAGUGCAGAGAUGUAAGCCUGUUCCAGGAAAGGAAGACCUUGAACACAUUUCCUUCACGGCUGAAAUGCUCCUUCCUGUGGAGACCUUCGGCAAACACUUUAUACUCUUCAACGUGAGAGGAAGGAACUCGACAGGGGUGCACAUCAUUACAUCCGGCUACGAACUUUCCACUGCCAUUCUUGCCGGCCUCAACCCAAAACCAGUGACGUAUCAGCGGUAUCACAUUGUAGGCCUAGGAUCAUCUUUGAUGCUUCAAUCUGAUUUUCGAUGGCUGCAAGCAACACACCCAGUGCAGGUGGUGUAUGCUCAGAUGUCGAGCUGUUUUGGAGGAGGAGGCCUAGAGUCCAACAUGAUGCUCCUUACUCCGGUGGAACUCUUUUUGGAUAUGUACGAUUGCAUAUUCCCCUCAGUUGGUGACAGCCAUUACCUGACUCUGGUCGUGCCAACGAAACACAGGGACACAUUCAAGUACAUACACCAUGGUGAUCAACCGAUCGAUCCUAUAAUCCGACAAAUAGAUGAAAGAUAUCCCGUAGUAGCCUGGAUUGGCGGUCUUGGACACUGGCAGGUGGUUGAGUACAUGGUCAGGAGGAAAUCAAGUUUCACUAUCUACUCACUCAAGACUAGAUUCGGUUGUUACAUACACGGUGUGAGUCAGCAGGGCAGCUCCUUGCACUCGGCUGGUUUCGUCUCAUCUAAUAUUCAUUCCAAGUACUGCAGGAAGACUGAGGCUUCAAUGACCAAAGGCGAUCUGCUGGACAACGACUGUGACGGCUGGGUCGACGAGGACAACGCUAAUGCGAGAAAUGACGACAUUAGUAGAUCGAGGGACGAUAAUAAUGAUGAAGACUUGGGAAAGUUCUAUAAGCCAGGGGAAACAAUCGAAACCAGAUAUCCCGGUAUUUUAGGUAGAGCUAUAGAGGAGCCUUUAAAAAUGUUUCUGUCAGACCACGCCGUGGCUGAAUUGGUUUCUGGAGAUGUAAAUUUGACAAACGUCGAAGAGGUUGAUAAUACAUCAGAGACUGUUGUCUAUAACGCAAGCUUGACAAAAUAUUUUAGUGAGUGGACCCAGUGGGCAUGUGGUUACGACUGCGCUGUGGGGGACAGGUCUAGAACAAGAAUGUGCUUGACUCUAAAUAAUACUUACGGCUGCGUCGGGUCGACGAGUGAGAUGAAACCUUCCGACUGCUAUGGUAACAUGUGCCCACCCACUGAUUGCCUGGGUAAGACUUUCGGGGAUCUUUGUCAGCAUUCGUGCUCAAAGUGUGUCGACAGUUGCAACAAGUUUGAUGGAAACUGCGAUAGAUGUGCGUCUGGCUACGACUUUCCCAAGUCAGGUUGUCAAUUAGAUCGAACGUCCUACAUUGACUGGAACGAGUGGCAUUGCGCAGAAAACUGUAAAUCUCCUUAUCUUAUAAGAGAAAGGUUUUGUAAACAGUAUGGAACUGUUGGUAAUACCAAUAAUUGUACAGCUCCUGUGACCGACAAGAAACCCGGAAACUGUUACGUUGGAGAACUGUGCCCAGCAGUAUGCCCGGACUUCUCGUGGGCGCCAGGAUGCACAGAGAGUUGUGUCAACUGUAACGAGCCUUGCGACAAGUUUACGGGUGUCUGUAAAAAGUGCAAGCCUGGAUUUCACAGCCCGAAAUUGUUUUGCAGAAUACCAUGCAGUAUAAACGAGUACGGAUUCGGCUGCAUGGGCGACUGCCUGAAGAAGUGUGGCAAGGAUUGCACUGAAAGGGUGCAUGGAACGUGCCCGUCUACUGGUUCAGGUCUAGCGAUUGUCAUAGUGAUACUACUGAUUUGUCCCAGCCUCUUCUUCGUCUACAUGGUAAUAAAAAGGAAGAAAGACGAGGAGCUCAAAUAUAUCAGGUCACUCUCAUCCGUGAAAAGCGCCAAGAGCCAGAUCCAUUCACAGAACCCGGGCGUCCCGCUCAGCAGGUCGAAAUCGCAGCUUUCGGUCAGGUCCCAGGCCACGGAGAACAUGGAGAGGUCAAGGUCAGAGGAACUGCUUGCCGCCAUCUUGGUCUCGGAGGAUAGUGUUGAGCAGAAAGAAAGCGUUGCCAUAGCAAUGGAAACUAAUUCGGAACUGUCAACUAACAGUUCAUAACAGAAAUAUUAU